UUCGAAAUUCCAAGGUGUGAGAAGAACUUACUCAGGACUUACAGAAAUCGAAUAGAAACAUUGAGUACCAUUGUGGAAGAAUUGGAGAAUCAAAAUGAAAAAUUAAAGCAGAAAUUAAUGUAUUAUCACAACGUUUCAACAUCCGACGAAAUACCGCAUUUACAUUUGCGCAUUAAGCAAUUGAUGACAGAAAUUACAAGUUUAAAAAACAACUUUGCGUGUUUAAGGCUAAUGGAGGUGCACGAACUGAAAACCAUACUCGAAAAACAUCACAAGGAAAUCGUCGAUCAAUACAAGAUUAAAAUGACGGAACAUUUCAAGAAAAUGAAACAUCAGUUGGAAAAUGCACGAAGUGAAAAUGAGGAUUUGAAUAAUAAAAUCGCUGUAAUUGAAACGAAGUUACAAGAGUUGAACCGAGAAAAAAAAGAGUUUGUAAAAGUAAGCGAAGAACAGUGGCUUCAUAAGCUUGAAUGUACGAAAAUAGAAUACGAAAAAAUGUUGCAAGAAAAAGAGUUACAAAUAAAUUCGCGAGACGAAAUGGUUCGUCAAAAAGAGGUACAAUUGACCCAAAAGCUAAAUGAAAUCGAUUCUUUGUGCGAACAAAUAAAAGAGCUUCAGCAGUUGGUUGAAAUAAAAACUCAAGAUGAUGGAAAAUUACAAUCAAUGCUCAUAGAGCAGCAUAAAAGUAUAAUGGAAGAAUUAUCUAAAAUGAGAAAUAAUAUUGAGAUAGCUUCGCGUCAGCAAACCGAAACUCAUCAACAAGAGAAAGCGCUAUUAAAAAAAAACGUGAUGGCAAUACGAAAAAAUUGUCCAUAAAAUAUAAGAAGAGUAUGGGAAGAAUCUUUAUCAUUUUAUUCAAGUAUUUUUAAGGAUAAGAAUAACGAAUUCUUUUGUUAUUGAAUUCAGGAAAAAGUGCGCGCGCGUGUAAGCGCACAUGUGUACAUUUUCAUUUGAAUGUAAUUCUCACAUUAU